AUGCCAAGAUUUCAAAAGAAGCAAAAGAAACAAUGCAAAUGUGUAUCUGAGUUCAUUAGCUUUGUUACCAGAGAGGCAUCGGAUAAGUGUCACAAGGAGAAGCGCAAGACAUUGAAUGGAGAUGAUAUUUGUUGGCCUAUGGGAAGUUUAGGAUUUGAUGAUUAUGUUGUGCCUUUGAAGAGGUAUUUGCAUAGGUUUAGAGAAUUAGAAGGAGAAAAAGCUAAACAAAAUAAGGCUGCUGCAGGCAACAACAUUGAAGAAAAGGAGAGAGAUGAACCACAAAGGAAUUCCAUAGUUUUUCUCCCUGGAAGAUUUUUUGGUCCUUAA